CACUUUAAUGUACCUGCGGCUACGUUCUCGCAUGUGUUUCUGUUUGCGCGAAAAACGUGUGCAUCGCAAUGAGAUAAACGCAAAUAGGAAAGAGAUAUACCGAAUAAGUAAUUCUAUAAAAUAUUGCAAAACAUGAAAGUGAUUAUCACGGUCGUGUAAUUAUAUAACGCAAGCUAAAGAUCUAAAAAAGUUUCGGAUAUGGCAGAGAUUUCGAAUUCCACUGUGUUUACAAACGAUGCAUCGUCUACUGGUGCUUCCGAUCUUCUUCAGCAAGCGUUCCAGCAGGUCGUCGAUGAUGACGAUCACGAUAACGAGUUCGUCGCGUUUUUACAAAACGACGAGAACGAUUCUCAGACGAUUCAUUUGACUCCGGAACAAGCGGCCGCUCUGGGGCUAACCUUCGAGGUGAACUCGAAUGAAGAGGUUAUGUAUCAACACGAUCAAGAUAAUGAUGUCGCGAACCCACAGGAGAAUACAUCUACAAAGAAUAAUGUACAAGACCAAAAUUCGUUGUCACCGCACGAGACUAUGUCGAUCGAUCAGUUGAAUUAUCAAUCUGAAGAGAUUCAAAAGUCCAAUGAUAAAGAGCUGGCUAAAGCAGACUGCAUCGAUUUCCAGGAAUGGCAUAAAGUGUCUCAAACCGAACAUCAAGUAGCAAAGAACGAUCUGUCACUGGAUGAAAUCAAUUUGAAUAAUCAAACCGAUGAAUCUCAACGGAUGAUCGACCAGCAAAAUGGUAUAAUCCAACAAAAUCCAGGUACACAGACAUUAGUUUUGGAGCAAUCGAAAAUACACGCUAUACAAACAGACGUUGGGCAUGUUAAGAGCAUACAUGCCAACGAUUUACAGUAUACUAUCGAAGAUAACAUAGCACAAAAUCAAUUGAAUUCAAUACCUAGUUCUCAGGCGCAAAUUUUGCAGAAAUUACCUGUAAUUUUACCAUCCUCACAGUUUAUUAUAAAACCAGCACAAACUAUAUUGAAACCGGCGAAGAGUGUUAGAUUACUCCAAGGCUCGAACAAACUCGUUAACACAUCUGUUAAUUCGAUCAACACUGUACAUUCGUUGAAUACUAAUAUAAAUUCCAAUUCCGUACUCCUUUCGAAGGCUACCAUAUUAAACAAUUUAUCACCACAGAUAAUAAAAGCAACUCCUAUAACAGCUCAGUUAUUGAACACCAGUGGUAUACCGGCACAGUUGUUAAGCACUUCGCAGCUCUUAACUGGCACUUGUGAAAUACAAAAUCAGUCUGUCGGUACUUCACAUAUUUCGAACGCAAUAGUGAACGGUACGUCUGGGGCGACGCAAAAUCUUAUCGGUUCGCAAAUUCGUUUGUCUCCCAUUGUGAAAACGUCACAACCGCUUCAGAGGGGAAACGUUCAACAAUUUUUAACGCCGGUGCUAAAAGGAGCGUCGACCGUGCUUCCAAAGACUAAUCAAAUUCUAAAUAACGGUAACACAGCUGUUUCUGCGCAAUUUCUGAAGUCUGUACAAAUCCCGUCUCAGUUACUUAGAACGAAAGCCGCGAUUGGCAAGAAAACUACGGGGGCAACCGGAGCAUCGAAGACUACAGCCAGUUCUAAUGCACAAGUCGUGCUUCGAACGGCGUCAAUUGUUAAAAGUCAAGAUUUGAAAACGUCGACGACGAGCUCUAUGUCUAUUUUAAAGCCAACGCAGAUAUCUUCCACGCCUAUAUCGAUUCUGAAACCUCAAGCGAAGAUUGCGAUUAAUAACUCAACCAAACAAAACGUAACCAUCGCGACACAGAGUAUUGGCAAUGUUUCAAGUAAUUCUCACAACAAUCUGCAAAAGCCAGUGCAACAGAGUGGCACGUUUGAAUCGACUAAAUCAUUGCAAGCUGAGAUCGCUAAGCAAAAACUUAAUCUUGUGGCAAAUGGCAAUUCGAAAUUGAAUAAUAAAAAAGUUAAAAGUACUCCUGUUAAAUCUACGGUGAUUCCGGAGGAAUCUACGAAUGUGUCAAAGCCGUUAGGAUCCAGUGAGAAUCCUAUACAAAUAGUUCAACAAGGCCAAACGUUUCAUAGUAUGCAACGAUUGACGCCGACGCAGUUAAAACAAAUAGCACAUGUGCUGCAGCAGCGUAGUCAGGAAGCAGCUGCAUCGAACGAAAGAGUUGUGUAUCGGGUUGUAUUCCCAGAAGAGUUAGAUUUACAAAUUCGGAACCCAGGGAACUUGUUGAAGAAUCGUGGUGGGAAAAGAGGGAGACCGAAAAAAAGCGCCAUGAGACCUACCUUAAUUCCACCAAAACCGACACCAAUUCCUGACGAAGAACAGGAAGAAUUGAAGGUAUUUCUUAUUCACUGUUGCAAUUGUUCCAUGAUUGUAACCGCGACAAUGUUUCUACAGGACGAGAGGAAGAAAGUCGUGGCUAGAACACGAUCCGGUCGACUUUCACGACCUCCUAGACACAUGGUGCGGGACUACAAGCAUCUGCAUCACUUAGAUUUCUUACAACCCGACUUGGACGAUUCGGACGGGGGUUACAGUGAUUAUAAUACCAAUAACGAUAAACUCGAAGAAGAAGAGUCGCCGAAAGAAUUACUGACAGGGCUGGAAGUGCCGAAAAGAAAGAUAUCAGAUCAUUUCCGAUGUCCUACGUGUAACAAAAUAUACUUGGGACGUACGCGGAUGGCGAGGCAUUUCGAGAUGCAUCCGGACCACGGUAGUCCUGAACAACUACCACCUCCGACACCUGAACCAGAAUUGAAACAGAACGGGGGACAGGACCCUUUGAAACGCAAGGGGAAGAAGCGUGGCCCUUGGGCUUACGUCACACCGGAAGCCAAGUCGGAAAGACGGCAGAUAAAAUUGCGGGAAGCAAUAUCUGUGUGCGAGGAUCUCGAGAUAAUAAAGAUAGCUGCGAAACCAGUACUUAACGCACAAUCGUUGUUCGAUCUACUAGUUUUAAAAUCCGAAAAUAAUGUAAGGAACUUUUUGGACGAAUUAAAACAGUUAAUGGAUAAGGUGCGGGAGAAAGCCGGGAUUAUUUUAACGGUUGCGAACAGCGACGAAGAAUCGAGUAAAGAUUUGAUCGAUAUCGGCGAGGAAUCGCUUUGCGACGCUUUAGGUCUUAAUCCAGGUUUGUAUAAGAUUAACAACGAAGCUCUGAAAAAGAUCGACAAUCCUAUUCGUACCAGCUACGAAAACGGAGAAGAGCCACCUCUUAAACUUCAGAAAAUAGAUAACUCCGAAGAUGGUAAAGACAAUAUGGAAGAGAGAAUGUCGAGCGGAUUUUCUGAAAGCUCGGAUCUCAGUGUCUCAGAUUUUUUAAGUGAGAAAAGAAGUGAUUCCGUAGGAAAUCCCACUUGCCCUGAAGUACUGUCAGCUUUAACGUUGAUGAGGAGGAAUCCUAGUCCCGUGAAUCAUGUGGAGAACGGCAAAUCUAACAGUGUGUCGAAACUUUUAAUUUCAAAUCCGGAGAUUCAAAGUCAGAUUUCAGACAACCCUGGAUUCCAAAAGGUGGACAUUACUCCGCCGAAAGGUUCGAGUUAUCAAAAGAUAGAGUCUCACAAAGAGGACUUUGGAAAACUUGGGAACAAUUUAGGACCGUCGAACUUUUGUAAGGUCAACGAUAAUUUCGAGCAGUCUAAGAUGAAUCAUAUGGAGGCGUUCAUAAAAUUAGAACCGACAGAGCAAGGCUUCGUUAAAUUGGAAAAUGGUGCUAUGGAAGCUUAUUCGAAACAGGAGCCGCAGAAUUACGAGAAGAUGCAAAAUGGUUUGGACAACAUAGAAAACGGAUCUCAGAGUUUUGUCAAAGGAUUCCAGAAGUUAGUCACAAAGAUAAUUCCGAUGACCUCGUCAGAUAUGAAUUGUGUUAAGACGCAAUCUUCGCCGUCAGAUACGGACGCUUGCAAGAUGAUGCCCACUACUUCCAGCUGCAAGAUUUCGGACAGCCUGCCAAUGCUUCAAGACACGGUACCGAUAAUUUCUAGUAACUGCGAUACCAGCAUAUUCGGGAGUUCGGAAAACUUAGACAUGUCCAAGAUGACUCAGUACGAUCACAUCGCACAUUUAGAUAUUUUAAAUACCAGCGGGGUAAUAGACAAGAACUUAAUAAUCGACGAGAAAUUAGUCGAACACUUGCAUCUGGUGGAUCAAUCGAAUUUAGUCGACGAAUUAGUAUCCGAACGAUUGAAGAACAUCAUGCCGGAUAAUAUUUUAGAGAACAAUUUGAUACCAAAUAAUUCGAAUUUAGACACUGAUCUCGAUUUCGAAGCAUUAAGCGAGGAAUUUAAUAGAAACACAAGAAGUUGAUUCUUGAACGGUUACGUGAGAGGUGUUCCUAACAGAAUUGGUGUAAUUUGUACAGUGUACAAUAAUGUGGAACUUAUACAAUUUCAAAUGUAUAUCUACGAUCACACGAUUGUGUGUAGAUAUUUUUUUAUAGGAUUUCUGACAGUAUCAUGAACGAUAUAUACAUAAUCUAACUUCCAUACUUGAACGAAGAGCAAUUGUAAAAUAAUAUAAUAUCUUAUAUCCUGGUGUCUGUGUGUAAAUAAGACUGUUUCUGUUACGUGUAUUUAUUCUACGUAGUGCAUAUGUAAAAAGACAAUUCCGCGGGAAACUAAAAAAAGCUUUAGAUAGUUGCAUUGUCUUUGGCAUAAAACGAACUUUUAGUGGGAGAUACCUAUAUCUUUUAUUUUUAGCAAACAGUCUUUACAUUAUCGAUAGUACUAAUUAAUUUAGUUUCUUAGAGGAUUAUAAUAUUUCAUAUAAUGAGCGAGGAAA